AUGCAAUUUUGGAAACGCGUCGUCGAGCACAAAGAAACUUUGCGCCCACCAGUCUCCCAGGACGAAACUGCAUGUCCAUAUAUUCCCAAAGUUUUGGUUUCAGAAAUCUUCAACCCAUUUUUCUUUCAUUCCGUGUAUUCACGGUCAAGUAAAAUUUCUAGUUCAGUUACUUUUUCGUCUUCUUUUGUUGUUGAAAAAACGAAUAACUUUCUUUGAAUGCAUCUUACAAAGUCUCACAUUGGCGUUCCAAGUUUUUUCGAUCUACUUCAACAAACAAAGCUUAAAGCCUUAACUUGCAAAACUUUUUGAGUCCAUCCUGAGGAUAGAUAACUUGCAGAACUUUUUGAGUCCAUCCUGAGGAUUAUUUCGAACUGUUUUUUCCUCCAUAACCGACAGAAAUCGCAGCUCCCAAAACUUUAAUCUGAUGCUAAAAAAUUGUGAGUAUAUACUUCAACCAUUAGUUAAUUAUUUUCCUUUCCGGAUAUCUUCCGGUUCAAAUUGAGCUUUUUUUGUUCAUCAAUGCUUCAAGUCUUGUUCCUCGUACAUAACAAAAGAAGUUUCGUACUCAGCAAGAGCCCAUACUCAAUUGGGACGUGAAUUUUCGGAGAGCUCCAAAAAGUAGUCCGGAAGUGCUUGCGUUCUUCUAAAAAGGCCUUCCAUUAGCUGAAUGUUUUUAUGUCUGCGACUUGUGAGUCCAAGAGUCAUAUACAUGAAAGUUCGUUUUUUAUUUUUGAUAAGGUUGGUAGUCGGACUUUUUUUAUUCAGGAACCAGAAACUAGGGUUCCAACUGUAUUUGAGGAGCUUUUUCCCUCUAUUUUUCACUUUCAGAGCUUUACUCUACUAUUCUCUAGCCUUCGGUCAUAUCUGAAACCAAAAUGCAUUGUUAAAUCUGGCAAAAUUUUGGGCGAAAAAACGGGUAUUCCCACAAUUUCAGAUAUGCGUAACUACCUAAUUAAUUUUUUUGCUUUGAGAUUUUUUUCAAAAACAAAUGUGUAGUUGAAUGAAUAUGGAGAGCGAAGGAAUAGUCGUUCGGUUUGUGUUCAAGAAAGUUGCUCGGACGAGAAGCGACCAAAUCUCCUGGGGCGGUCCUUGGAUUUCUGGCUGUUGGUUUGGUGUGUGGUUUUGCUUCUCUGCUAUCGUUUUUUUCGGAAAAAAUUCUUCCCGAAAUAGUUUCACUUUCUUGCCAUUUUUCUCUCUGUCUGGAUUUUAUUUUAGAAAAGCUUAUUUAAAGAAAAGCGGGAACAAUCGACGUUCUAAAAAUUGUUUGAUAUGGUCGCCAGAGAAAGAGAAGCCUUCAGAUUAUUACAUUUCAUCUCCAGAAAACCGCUCAUAGUUCGAUAUCAAUUAAGUCGGGAAAGUUUUUUUUAGGAGCUCGUUUCGAUAAUUCUGCUUUUCGUUUUGGUUCGGAGUUGUAAUCUUUUGGAAAUCAGAAAGUCUCGCAAGUUGAGACAAUCUCAAUUCGGUAAAAGAAAGAGUGUUCCAACCUUUCACGAAAACAUUUUUUGCCGAAUAAAAAGAAAUUCCUCUCAAUUCUUCCAUUUCGCGACUUUUUUCUGAUUUAGCUUGAAAAACUUUUUUUUAGUACACAAGUUUUUUCAUUUUCCCUCCAAACUUCGGAAUUGCAGUUUAUCUAAAAACUGUUUCAUAUCAAGUUAAAGGUGAAUACAGAAAAUUUUCCAGUAAGAUCGAACUUAUGACUAGCUGCGGAGCAAUCACGCGCGCUACCUCGCCGAUUUGCGACGAACAGGAAUGCUGCAUAGACAUGCUCCAUCACGAAAUCAACGACAAUACCUUGCCUCUCAUCACAAUGAUGCCUCAAAUGCCUGCUGCGGUUAGUCCAUUUGACUUUGUAUUGUAAAAGGCCUCAUUUUUUUUCCCAAGAAAGUCGAAAAUCCUAAAAGCUCCACUUUCGUUAUCGUACAGAAAGCCGCCAAAAAAGCUGUUCCAAAAAUAGCAGUGGUCAUCAGCUUUCAACUUAUUUGAAGCAAACGUGUCACAUUCUGUUUUUUUUUUUCAAGAAAAUCACAAAAACUCUUCAAAACAUUAGGAUAAGAAAGAAAGUCUUCUCAAAGUUAUUUUGAAGAUAUCUUUUUAUUUUUCAAUUGAUUGAAUCAUGGCCCCAUGCACAGUUCAUUUUUGUUUCAUUAUUUAGCAUAUUUUAAAAAAAUCUUUAUUUCUUCAGGAGAUUAUUUGAACUUCACUGGGUGGUCAGUAAAAUGUCUGUUUUGUUGGGAAAAAUUACGGGAUUUUUUCGGUCAUACAAGACAUUCGCGCCUCCCGCUGGUGAUAUAUUUUAAAUAGCCACAGAAAUAAUAUUGAUUUUGUGAGCCGCUUGGCUGAACUUCCUACACUAAAUCACUUUUUCUUCUUUAAGAGUUUAUUUGAAAAAAAAACCUUGAAAAACACGCACUUCAAAUCAUUUAUUUUGUUGUUUUAGUCUGAUGUAAUUGACUAGGCGGUGAGCAAGAACUUUAAAAGCUAUAACGAACAAUCGCCGUUGGCGAACUAGAAGUCCAAACGUGUAGUCGAAAGAGUUGAAAGAUUGGUCUUACGGUCCUUCGCCUCAUUCUUCUGCGCGUAGUCCAUCCAGUUGCGCCUUGUCGAGCUCAGAAUGUAGUGGAUGGUGUAGCUGGAGCCCGGAGACCGUGCUCUAGGUGGAAGCCUCAGAAUGACAGCGACCCCUUCGAGUGAAGAUUUUACACGGAAUGAAGAUUUUACACUUGGAGAAAAAAAACCAUUUCAAUCCAUAAUCCUAAUUUAUAAAACUCGAACAUCAGAAUGUGAUAAUUGAUUCGCAAAAUUGACUCAGAUUUUUCUGAGCUGAAAUUCUCACUCUUCCAACGAUUUUUUUCAGAUCAAGACGCAGGAUCGACCUGUGGUCCUUUACAUGGCGCCCAUUCACAAGCAACAGGAUUUGAACUGCCCUUGCGGAAAUAACUCCGACAAUGCCGAAUCUACUCGCGAGAAGCUGAACAACGUCCGAAUCUGA